AUGCUGAAUUGCAUUGUUUCCAAAUGUCAAAGUGCUUUUGUUCCUGGUAAACAGUUAUUGGACGGAGUCCUUGUAGCUAAUGAGGUUGUGGAUUAUGAAACAAAGGUGAAGAAGGGAUAUAUGUUAUUCAAAGUUGAUUUCGAAAAGGCGACAAGGAGUCCUACCAAAGAGUUUGUGGUGGGUAGGGGUCUUAAGCAGGGUGACCCAUUAUCCCGUUUUCUGUUUGUUUUAGUUGCAGAAGGUAACUGGAAACAGGUUUGGGCUCUCAAAGCGGUGUUAAGAGGGUUCAAAGUCGUCUCGGGGCUAGGAGUCAACUUUCUCAAGAGCAGACUUGUGGAUUUCUUCGUGGAAACCGUUGUAUCCAAGUUGAAGGCUCGUCUAGCUAAUUGGAAAAGUGCCGACAUUUUGACAACAAGAUACAGUAAUUUGAAGUACCAGAUUCUGUCCGGUUUUAGUUCCAGCACUUAUUUGCCCAAAUCUGCUUGGUGGAUCGAUUUAAUCAACUUGGAGAAGAGGCUGCCAGCGUCGGUUUUUGCAGAUAAUUGUUGCUUCUCUUUGGGCAACGACGCUUCUAUUCCGUUUUGGAGUGCAAUUUGGUACAUGGAAGUUUGCUUGAAGGAGUUGUUUCCUGAUUUAUUUCUGUCGAGUUCUAUGAAGCAAGUGGGGUGGCUAGUAUGGGGUGUUGGUUAUACCACGAAAUCAAGUUACAAUUUUUUGUCUCGGUUACUCGAUAGUGUCGACAUUGAAGAAGGUGGAAUCUUUAAAUUAUCUCUUUCUUGA